GUGUGAUUUCGUGUAAACUUUCAGCAACGUCAAUGACGUCAAUGUCCAAUGUCGUCGUGUUUAGAGAAAUAAAGUGUAAAAAUUUUGGUUAAUAUUUUUAUUUGACCAAAAUGUCCUUAGCCAGUUUACUGCCUACUCCUAGUCAAGUUGUUUGGGAUCGAGAAGAUGAAGCUCGAGAACAAAAACUUCGACAACGACCUGUAUCAGCUUUGGUGAAAGCUGUUGUCACUGCUCCUCCUUAUGGCCAACGAAAAGGAUGGAUUCCCCGAUGCGAAGAAGAUUAUGGAGAUGGUGGAGCUUUUCCGGAAAUCCAAGUGGCCCAAUAUCCACUUGGAAUGGGAAUGAAGGGUAAAGAAUCAACGAGCAAUGCUCUUGCUGUUCAACUAGAUGCUCAAGGAAAAGUUAAAUACGACCUUAUAGCCAGACAAGGACACUCGAAGGACAAAAUUGUCUACAGCAAACUCAGUGAUCUUCUACCAUCAGAAAUAACAAAUGAAAAUGACAUUUCCAUGCAAUUGCCUACCGAUGAGACUUCAGAUGAACUUAGUCAAAAGACUGCAAAGGCUUUGCAAAAUAUUAUAAGUUCUAAGGUAGCAGCGGCUAUGCCUGUGAGAUGUGCAGAAAAACAAGCACCUGCUCAAUAUAUUCGCUACACACCCUCUCAACAAGGACAAUCUUUUAAUUCCGGCGCAAAGCAAAGAGUUAUUCGUAUGGUCGAAGCUCAAGUUGAUCCUCUCGAACCUCCUAAAUUCAAAAUCAAUAAGAAAAUUCCAAGAGGACCACCAUCUCCACCAGCUCCGGUACUUCAUUCGCCAACUAGAAAAGUUACUGUCAAAGAACAAAAGGAAUGGAAAAUUCCGCCCUGCAUUAGUAACUGGAAAAACGCUAAGGGAUACACAAUUCCGCUUGACAAGCGUUUGGCAGCCGAUGGACGAGGAUUACAACAGAACCAUUUGAAUGAAAAUUUUGCGAAAUUAUCCGACGCAUUGUACAUUGCAGAUAGAAAAGCUCGAGAAGCUGUAGAAAUGCGUGCUCAACUCGAGAAGAAAUUGGCGCAAAAGGAGAAGGAGAAGAAGGAAGAUCAUCUUCGACAACUCGCUCAAAAAGCACGUGAUGAACGUGCAGGAAUAAAAACAGCAGCUGUUUUAGAUAAAUCGGAGGAUAUUCGCGAGAGAGAUCAACUUAGACAAGAACGUCACAAGGAUCGUGCACGUGAAAGAAAUUUAGCACGCGCCGCACCUGAUAAACGAUCACGUCUUCAACGUGAACGUGAACGUGAUAUCAGUGAACAAAUUGCCCUUGGAAUGCCAGCGAAAAAUAUCAAUUCCGGUGAAUCGCAAUUGUUUGAUCAAAGAUUAUUUAACACCACCAAAGGAAUGGACAGUGGUUUUGGACACGACGAUGAGUACAAUGUCUAUGAUAAACCAUGGAGGGAUAAUUCAAUCAGCACGCAAAUUUAUCGUCCUGGCAAAAAUAUCGAUAAGGAUAAUUAUGGCGACGAUAUGGACAAAAUAAUAAAUACAAACAGGUUCGUUCCUGACAAGGAAUUCAGCGGAACAGAUCGAGCAAAUCCUCGUCAAGGUCCCGUACAAUUUGAGAAAGAAGAAGAGGAGGAUCCAUUUGGUUUGGAUCAAUUCUUGACACAAGCUAAAAGAGCCAGUGGAUCUACUAAUCCACCUACUAAACGUAAAGAUGAUCGCGAUCAGCGAAGAGACGAUCGUGAUAAACGUAGAAAGCAUUAAACUUUUUUUAAAUUCAACCAUUUUCCGAUUUAAUUUCAAAAUAUUUUUAUACCGUUAAGACACAAUUAUUGUAACAUCUAAAUUAUAAUUUUAAUAGUUGUAAUUAUUAUCAAUUUUAGAUAAUUAGAAAAUAACAAAAAAAAGCAACUCAAAUUAUUAAAAUACUUAAUUUUUUUCUAUAAUUAAAAUCAUUAAAAUACAUACAAAAAUAUGUACUCUAAUUUGUAGUUUAGUUUUUCCAGUGUAAGUUCAUUUUUCAUAUCAGCAAAUAAAAUGUAUGUACAAGAAAAAAGAAAAUAAAGGUAGUUUUAAUUA